AUGCUGCCAAUUCUGCUGCUGCUGAUUCCAGUCCUCAGUCCUGCUUUGGCCUGGAUUCCAGUGGAGGAUUGGGAGUCUGGCAAUGUGACUGCAUCUGUGGGUGACUCGGGUCAGUGCGUUUGUCACGUGUAUGUGCCAGACACCACCUUCCCCGCCGACCGGGUGCAGCACAUGCAACAAGUCAGCAAAGAUCUGAUCCUAGAAGUGGAAAUCCAAAUGGACAAGAUGGUGAGCUAUGAAGGAAAACUGGAGAUCUAUCUGGAAGAACUGAUGGGUCUGACAGAUAGAGUGGCCAUGUUGCAGAGCAGCAGCAACAAGUACAUCAAACUGGACUUUGAGUUGCUCAGGAACGAGCUCCGAGAGUUUGACACUCUGGUGUCGCAGCUCAGAGACUCCGUCAACUCCUCCUCACCCCUGUUCGACAGCCUGUACACUGAGAUUCAUAACAUGACGCUCAUUGUAAAUCAACUGGAGACCUACGACAAGAGCAACCUGGACAUGAUCCGUAUUGAGUUUGCCAAGCUACAGAAGAAGUUGGAGGAGUGCCAGAAGGACCAGGAGUUCUUCAAGCCAGAUAUUGGCAACUGCAACCACACAGGAAUCAUGAACAUCAGCAAACCCAUGGUGGUGCAAAUUAACGCUCAUUUGAGUGCAGAUUACCAAUAUGGAGGCUGGGGGAAAGACUCCAAACCUGUCCAAGGCUAUGAGUCCAUGUUCUUCUAUGGUGCAUACAGCACUUCCCAUGUGUAUGACUUCUAUUUUUACUCCGACUACAAGAAGCUGAUUCUGAGGUCUGCAUUCAAACACCAUAGCCUAUCAUACGGGUGGCGAGGUACUGGUAACAAUUACAUUGUUCACAGGAACACUGUAUACUACCAGAACAACUCGCCUUUCAGUAUGACCAAGCUGAAUCUGACAAGUUCCGAAUACGACCACAAACUUAUUCCAGCUGCCAGUAAGAAGUACUCAUACAGAUACGCAGAUAACCAGAACCUGGACUUUGCAGCAGAUGAAAAUGGCUUGUGGGUAAUGUAUGCCUCAGAGGAGAGCAUGGGUAACAUCGUCCUCGCCAAGCUAGAUGAGGAAUCAUUCAGCAUCGCGGGUGUGUGGAACACUAGUGCGUUCAAGCAGCUGGCUGGCAACGCUUUUAUGGCGUGUGGAGUCAUGUAUGCCACCAGGCCGGUGGAUCUGAACACAGAGGAGAUCUUCUAUUCGUUAGACACAAAGACCAGGGAGGAGAAGCAGCUCAACAUUCGCUUCCAGAAGUUUCAGGAGAAAUACACCAACCUGGACUACAACCCCACUGAGCAGAAGCUCUACAUGUACAACAAUGGCUACUAUGUGUCCUACAAUGUGAGGUUUAACAGUGAAUGA